AUGGACACUGGAAAGCUGCGCGUCAUCAUUGUCGGGUCGGGGCUUGCUGGCCUGGCGGCAGCGCGGGUUCUCCGUGAAAAGCACCACGUUACCGUGUAUGAACGGGGUGAUCAAGCCGUCGCAACCGGGGGCCAGGGGAUCUGCAUCUUCCCAAACGGAGUGAAGAUCCUGGAGGCACACGGAUAUGAUCGCACUCGGACCAAGGCUGUGGUCCAGACGGGCCAUCGAGUGUACGACAAGCACGGCAACAUGAAAAGUGACGAGGAGACGGACUACAGAAAUCAAUACGGAGCAGACACGCUGGCACACAUGCGGAUUGACUUGCGAGACGAGCUAUUCAGACUUGCAACGACAAGAUCGGAAGACUUGAACAUCCAAGGGGAGCCGGCCAAGAUAAUUUUUCAAACUGCAGUCACAGACAUGGACCCUGUGCGGGGCGAGGUCACACUUGGCGAUGGAUCGUCGGCUGAGGCCGACGUGAUUAUAGUUGCCGACGGUAUUCAUUCACGUCUGCGAUCCUGUAUCGCUGGCCCUGAAUACUUUGCGAAGAAAAUGGGUCUUUCCUGCUUUCGUGUCGCCAUAUCGGUUCAAGAUGCCAAGGCGGCCCUUGGUUGGGUACCUGACUGGUGGGACCGCCCCACCGGCAAAGGGCGUGGGUUGGUAUUUGAAGCCGGAGACGGCUCCAACCGCUUCAUCGUUGCCUACCCGCUUCGGAAUUUCGAAUACAUGAAUCUCUCAUGUAUCUUUCCGACAGACCCAGAGCAGGCAAAGACCAGCACUACUGCCACUUGGUAUACCGAAGGUGAUCGCAGUCAGCUGCUAGAGAUCUUUGCCGACUUCGCACCAGACCUUAUCAUGCUUCUACGCAUUGCAACACAGGUGAAACUGUGGGAUCUCCAGGACCUGGAUCCCCUUCCGAAAUGGACCCUAGGAAAGGCUCUUUUGAUUGGAGAUGCUGCCCACGCAAUGACGCCAAUGCAAGGCCAGGGGGCUAACAUGUCUAUCGAGGACGCCGGAAGUCUUCGUCUGCUCCUUGAUCCGAAGAUCUCUAGGGAGAAUGUGCCUUCUUUUCUCAAGCAAAUAGAAGCCAUGAGGAAGCCACGGGCAACACAGGUUCUGUUGGACACUCGAUCUAUUGCUGAGAACUUCAGCUUGGAUGCAAUAGCUGCGAAGAGGGAACACAACUUCGGCCCCACACAGGCUUAG